UUUAAUAUUUUUUAAAUUAUUCAAAAUUUUAAAUUAAACUUUUUUUUAUGAAUAAUUAAAUUUUUUUUUUUUAAUAAUUUUAAUUUUUGAUGGUAAAUAAAAAAUUUAGAAAUUGUUGUUUUUUUUUUUUUUUUUUUAAAUAAAUGACAAUAAAGUCAGCAGUAAAAAAAUUAAUAACAACAAAUUAUAAAAAUACAUAUGCGUAUAUAUCAACAGUUUAAAACACCAAGGAUAUUUGAAAAUAUGAAAUAUAAUAUUUAGUACUUAAAUAUAUAUAUAUAGUGAGCAGUUAUAAUUUAUAAAAGUUAUCUGUGUUAUUUAUGUUAAUAAAUUUUGCGACAAAGUGACACAAGUGUUUAGUCAUUUGGAGAAUUGUUCAGUGUGUCGUCCGGAUGUUACGUAUUUUGAAUCAACGUUUACAAUUAUCAAUUUAAAUGAAAAAUGAAAAAUGAAAUAUAAAAAUGCGAGAGUGAAAAAUAAACAAGAGUAGCAAAAAAAAUAAAAAAAAAAAAAAAAAAAAAAGAUAGGACAAUGCAGCAAAACAUUUAACAAUAAAUGUUUGUUGAUAACGAGAGCACAACUAAAAUGUUAUUUUGAGAAAAUAAAUUUGAUUUACGUCGAAGGCGAGACGGCGAGAGAAGACAUAUCAAUCAAAUAUAGCAUAUGGGUAUCGAUACAAUGAAGCCCUCAAUGAAGGUUGGAGUAGUUGCUUUAGUCGGAGUAUGUGUUAUCCUAUAUCAGUACCACUUAUCAGCUGGUGUAAGGUUCGAUCAGUUAACUGAUCAGAUAAAUGCUGGUGAUCCUGUUGUACCUUACGCGGCUGCUAAUAUUCCCAAUAAUGAACUCGAGGAUGAUGAUAAUAAUAGUUAUAUUAAUAAAGUAACUGAAGAUAAGAUAAGAGCGGCGGUGCAGUGGGUCCAAAAUGUUCACGGUCUGAGUCCAGAUUUGCAAAACAUUUUAGUUGCUGAAUUAAUAAACCAAUUUCGUAAGAACAGAAUACCUUUGCCAUUGCAAAUUAAAACGUCUGAUGAUUUGACAGUUAAGCAACGGACACAACAAGUCACGACAAUCAACGUACCGGUAGAAAAAAUUCCACCACUUUAUAUAAUAACGCCAACUUAUAGGAGACCUGAACAAAUUCCUGAACUCAUAAGAAUGUCUCAUACAUUAUUGUUGGUUGAAAAUGUACAUUGGUUAGUUAUAGAAGACGCUAAAGUACAGACUAAAGAAGUUACUAAAUUUUUAAAUCGCACUGGUCUAAAAUUCGACCAUCUGACAGCACCAAUGCCAGCAAAAUAUAAACAAAAAAAAGGUGUAAAACCACGAGGUGUUUCUAACAGAAAUCGCGGUCUUAAAUGGAUUCGCGCAAAUGCAACAGAAGGAGUUUUUUAUUUUGCCGACGAUGACAAUACAUAUGACCUCGAUCUUUUUGACCAAAUACGGAGGACUAAAAAAGUGUCAAUGUUUCCUGUGGGACUGUGUACAAAGUUUGGUUUGAGUUCCCCGGUCGUAAAAGACGGCAAGUUCAUUGGAUUUUACGACGGAUGGGUAGCAGGCCGUAGGUUUCCUGUUGACAUGGCGGGUUUCGCGGUCAGCGUUAAAUUUCUUCUUCAAAGGCCAAAUGCUACGAUGCCUUAUCGUGCUGGGUUUGAAGAGGACGGUUUCUUACGUAGUUUAGCACCGUUUGAACCACGUGAAAUAGAACUACUGGGUGAUAAUUGUACAAGAGUACUUGCGUGGCAUACACAGACAAAAAAAAAUGAACCAAGUGCUCCACUUGAUAUGAAAAUUUAUCGGUCAACAAAUCUUGUUGAAUUGAAACAACAAAUAGUAUGAUAAUAAUUAUGUCCAUUAUGACAAAUAAUGUUCUAAUAAUUUUUUAAAUAACUAAUUAUAACUGUAUCCGUAAUGUUUGGUCUAUAAUAAUACCAAAGCUAGUGCUAGACCAUCAAUUGCACUUAAUAAUGUGAUCCAGUGCCUACAAAUGACCCCACUUUAAUUAAUAUUCAUUUUUAUUAAUUAUAAUAUUUAUCAACUUACAAUAAUAAUUAAUAUUUAUUAUUUUAAAUUUAUGCGGCUUGUCAUUAGUUCACUCACUUAUUCAGUCUUUUUGAGUAAAAAAAACUUAAAAGACUGAAUUUUUAAAUAAUUUUAACAGUUGAAAAAUUAAUAGUUAUUUUAAAUAAACCCGUGAUUUAGUUUUUAAAAAUUAAAUAAGUUAUUGGUAUUUAUUAUGGAUGGGAUAAUUUUAAAAGUGAUAAAAGUUCGAGCGCUUCCGAGUUGUGCAGCAGCUUCUAUUGCUCCUCAUUAAUUAAAUAAAAUAAAAAUUUCAAAAUUAAUACUCUACAUACUCUGGUAUUUAAAAAGUUUAUAUUUCCGUAACUAGAUUUAAGAUUUUGAUGUUUGUUUUUAAAUUUUAAACUGACAAGAAAAUAUGGUUUUUGUCAGUAAUUUAAAAAUUUUUAGUAUUAAAUAUUUAAAAAUUUCAAUAAUUUUAAAUAAAAAAAAAAACUUCAAUUUUUUAAACUCUAGUUACUAUUGAAACUUUUAAAAAAAAAUAAUAGUAAAUAAAAAAAAAUAAUUAUGAUGAAUAUAAAUAAAAAUAAUGAUACUGAAGUUAGCCGACGUCUGAUAAUUUUUUGAUUUUUUUUUAAACGAUAAAUUAUAAAAAAAAAAAUAUUCGAAAAAAUUGCACCUGUAGUUUUUUAAAUUUUCUACAUGUGCAUAUUUUUAGUUUUUGAUUUUUGUAAUUGAUUUGUUUAAAAAAAAAAUCCGAAAAUUACUAAUUGUCUGCUAACUUCAAGGUCAUAUAAAAAUAAUUGUAUUAAUAAAAGUCAUAAAAAUAAAGCAAUAAAUAAAUAAUGGAGCUUAGAAAUUGAAUACGCAUUGUUACGUAAAGCAUUUUAAAAAUAAAAUGCAUAUUUGCAUAUUUAAUUGUAGCAUAUGCAUAUCGAGUCCCUUGCACAACUAUGAGAUUUUAUAAUAAGAAUUAGUUGUAAGUUAAAUUUAUUAUUAAAAUAAUAAAUAAAUGAAAAUCACAGGAUAGUGGAUUCAAUUGGGAGACAAUACUGAGUAAUAAAAAUAUUUAUACUGCAAUUAAAUUAAUUUUAAUAUUUAAUUAAAACUAAAAAAAAAAAAAGUUAUAUGCACAAAAAUGCAAAUUAAUAAAUUCACUUAUUAUUUAUUUGUGUAAUAAUUAUUGAUUUUUUUUUAUGAUUUUUAAUUUUAAUUCAAAUGACGAGUAU